AAGUUUCAUGAAAGAUAGGCACAUGUAAUAACUUCCACCACAUUUCUAAACACAAAAAUGGAAAGUUAUAUUCAACUUUUGCUCACUCCAAAACAAUCUAUUUGGGCAACUUAACCUUACUAUUUUUGCAAACCUCAUAUUUUGACGCCAUUCUUUCUUCAAUCUUGUUAACUUCACACAACAAUUUUGUAACGCUAAGAAAAAUUUACUAAUCAACGGUUCAUAAUCUUUUGGACCUAAAACAAACAGCUGACUAUUUCCACUAUUAAACCAAUAAUAUUCCAAUAAUCUCUUCAAUAUCCUGUUAUUAGUUUCUUACCUCUCUAGAAGAUAACCCAAAAACCAAAAAAAAAAAAACAAAAAAUUCAAAAUUUAUUUUAUUCAUCUCAUAUUCUUUUAAUAUUAAUAAUUUUAUAGAAUUUCAAAAGUUUCCCAUCUUAUAUUUUUAAUUUUUUUUGCAAGAAAGUAACUUUGGUUGAUCAGAGGAAUUGAGCUGCUUGAGUUACAGGAAGUGCACAUUUUUUGGUGGAAGAAAGAAAUAUGGUUCAAAUUAAGGAAUUUCGAAUUAUCAUGCCUAUGUCACUAGCUGAGUAUGAGGUUGCACAAAUGUAUAUGGUUCUAAAAAUGCAACAGGAGAAUACAACAAAUACAGAAGGAGUUGAUGUCCUGGAGAAUAGACCUUUUGAGGACAACAUAAUUGGAAAGGGUCAUUACACAUCAAAAGUAUAUAGUUUCCAGAGCAAAAUCCCCUCUUGGCUUACCACAUUUGCACCAGCAGAUUCCCUCCUUCUGAAAGAGGAAGCCUGGAAUGCAUAUCCCAAAUGCAAAUCAGUGAUUAAGUGUUCAAGCUUGAGCAAGCUGCUUCUUACUAUUGAUACGAUUCACGUUGCAGAUAAUGGAAAAUCAGAAACUGUACACGGUCUAAACAAAGAUCAGCUGGCAUCGAGGCAGGUGGAAGUUAUUGAUAUUGCAUCAUCUGUAAGGGACUAUUGGAGCUAUUUGGUUGGUAGCUGUAAUGUCGAUUUAUCCAAAUUCAAAUCAACAAGGACCAAUCGUGGACCUUUGGUGGAAGGCUGGAGAGAUCGCUGCAACCCUGUUAUGACAGCAUAUAAAUUAGUAACGGUUGAUGCUCCAUACUGGGGAUUUGGUAAACGAUUGGAGCAAGUGCUGAUGGCAGGUGAGAGGGCGCUUUUUCUUGAAACACACAGCAAUAUUUUUGCCUGGAUUGAUGAAUGGCAUGGGAUGAGCAUCGAAAUGUUGCGUGAACUUGAGGAACAACUUUAUUCAUCAUCCAAUGAGGUCUAUUUAUUCUCGAUCAGAUGCUAGCAAAAAUGUGAUCUUUAGAUCUUUAUUGAAAGAGUUCGAGUCUCCUCUUAGAAUGCGAGCUAUGUGAGGCCUAAUAACGAUUUUCCAGACUUGUUACUUGUAUGUUAGCCUGUUGGUCAUUACUAAGGAUAAGUACUCCUCCCAAUCUUCCAUCCAGUACUAUUUUAGUUUCAUGGGAUGUUAAGAUACAGUUGUUAGCAUUUUACUGUAACGUACGAUUUGAUCUCUCAAGAUGGCCCUACUUAGAAUGAGCGAUAGGAGGGAUGUAUGAGAAAUGUACAAAUCUCAUGUGAGUCUUAUGGUGAAUUCUAAUUGUAUUUGUGUCCUUGAUUAUUAUGAAGGAUUGAGACAAUGUGGCUAUUAUAUUGCGUCGAUUAAGGGCUUUUCGCUUAUCUACUAAAGAUAUUGUGUUGUUGCAAGUACUAUAUUGCACACUGCAAUUUGAUUUUGCUGCUACUUUGUAUCUAAGUUGAAUGGCAGGUAGGACCAAGACUAGCUAUUUUGCCUUAUAUUUGAUACCCUUUUCCCUUUUUUUUUUUGGUAUCAUUGAACACAAGGAAUUUGUUUGAGAUUUAAAAAAAACUAUUCUAAGCUCAUUUGGUAUAGAGAGAACCACAAGGGCAAUGAUGUUGACGGGAUUUAAUCCUAAGUCUUGAAUAUCACCCCCAAAACUUUUACCUAGCACCCUUUAAUCCUAGGUCUUGAAUAUCACCCCCAAAACUUUUACCGAACACCCAUAGGACAAAGGCAUAUGUGCCUUGGUGCAUUGUCAUCUCAUUUAGCAACUUCAGUCUUAAAGUCGUGAUCUAUGUUGCAAGAUGCUCCCUCCUUACUUGUCACUUAAACAUACACAUACCGAUGAAAUAUUAAUAGUCACACGUGAAUAACAAGAGAAUAAGUGAAUAACUAAUAGAUGCAGACUUGACCCCUAUAAUUAAGGGAGUAGUAACUAGUAAGAACUCAUUUCUUGUGAAGUUGCUUAAUUAGUGAGUUUUCCACAAACUCUAGACAGAUUAUCUGAUGCAAGGUUUCUCGGUUCAUUGUAUGAUGUACAUUCCAAAUGGUCUUCUUAUGUAGUACUCUAAUAAGAACUAGUAAUAGUUACAAGUGACUUAUUCAUAAUAGAUUUUGUUGCAAAUUUCUU